AUUGGCUGAGUAGUUUGUCCACGUCAUUGGGUCCCCCUUUGGUGGGGUGGCUGGCGCCUGCGCAGUGGAGUGUUCACUCUGUUAGAGUAAAACAGCAGCAGAGACGUGAGGUUCGUCAGUGUUCUUCAGUCGUGUCCUGUUCUAGAUGCACUGAUUGUGUGAGCACUGCUGGUGUCAGUGCCCUCAGGUGGCGGGAGGAGGGACUGCACUGACAGUACCCCCCAAUGGUCCUGCAGGGAGAAACACACUUUAAUAAAAGGAGCUGUUCCAGUUUCUGACCAUGGAGGGCGUCAGCAUUCAGAACCUGAUAGACUUUGACCUUCCUGCAGAGGUCAGUGUCCUGAGCAUGGACGCAGGUCAACAGCAGGGUCACAGAGAGACCUUCGGUUCAGGGUCUUCCACAGAGGCCCACCUGAGGGACACAGACGUCUCUCAAUACCAGGAAGAUGGAGGAGGUGACGACAGCGAUGCCACAGAGUCAGCGGACAGUGUGAACGACAUGGAGUCACCGAGCCACACGGGGGCACUGAGGAGGUCUUCGUCUUCAUCUACACACAGCAGGGAGGACGCUGAUGCUGAGACACUGGAGGGGAGGACGUUCAUGAAGGACUACGUACAGAAGAUUUUCCACGGAAAGGAGGACUUCGACCAGGAGGAGAAGGCUCUGUUUGGACAGCUGUGCAGUGGAGACGCCACCAAAGGUCGGCAGUGGUUCGCUCAGUAUGUCAGCGCUCAGCGCUCUCACUCCAAGUGUGUGUGUGAAGCCUCCUUCUACAGACUGGUCCAGUCGUUUGCACUUGUUCUCUUUGAGUGUUACCAGGUGGACGACUACAGUCCAGCGAAGAACCUCAUGACCAUGUGUUUCACCUAUUAUUACAUCGGGAAGUGUCGUCCGUCUCCGUCAGAGCUGCUGGAGCCUGGUGCUCCACCCGCUGCUCUGGACCUGUACCUGAACAAAGCAAACUCCUGGCUGUCGGGGAAGAAGGACCAGGCCGAGCGCCUCCUGAAGAACACGUCCAGGACUGACGUCAAAGGAUUCUUCGGAGGACUGGAGAGUAAACUGAGGAGCAACGUGACCCCAAAGACUGAAGAAGGAACAGAACUACAGUCCAUGUCUCCAGUGUCCGAGGUUCCAGUGGAAAAGAAAGGAGAAAAGAUUUACCUGUACACUCACCUGAAGCAACAGCCAAUCUGGCACUCGCUCCGGUUCUGGAACGCCGCCUUCUUUGAUGCUGUUCACUGUGAGAGGAAGAAACGCUCUCCAACCACCAGAGGAAGGCAGGACGAAGACAAAGACCCGAGGGAGAAGUGGUGUCACAUGACGGUGGAGGAGAGAGAGGAUCGUUCUAAAAUUGACGAGAACAUCGCCUUCGGUCAGCUGGGAACAUUCACUCACAACAUGUUGGCGUUUGGUCUGAGUGAGAAGCUGUGUAAGGACUUCCUGAAGAAACAGGCUGUGAUUGGAAACCUCAACCCAGAACAGUACAAGUUACUGAGUGAACACAUAGAGAAAAUGGCAGCUGACUGAACAACGAGGACAGUGGGGGCGGAGCUUUAUGAUCACAUGACCCUAGUCACCUGACUGAGUUGAUGUUUUUUUCAUUUGUUUGGUUCCUAUUUUUGUCCUUAGUGCAGCAAUAAUGACUGUAACCAACAACAACAACAACAACAGUAUCAUAAAUGUAGUAGAUGUCACCACUAGAUGUCACUGAUGAAGACAUUGAUGACAUCUCCACUGCCUGGUAGUCGUCUUUCUAAUAAUGUAAAAAUGUGAAUUUCUUUCAUGAUGACUGCUGUUCAGUUCUUCCUCUGACCACUGGGGGUUGAAACAGUUUCUGGUCAAUCAAUCAAUCAAAACCAAAAAUUUGAUUGAUUGCUGUGUGAAUCAAUUUUUGUAAAAAAAUGUAAAUAUUUCCAAUAUUUAAACAAGUGUUUGUUGUGUAUUUUGAUGAAUUUCUGUGAAUCAAAAAAUUUAAAUGUUUUGGGUUUUUUCUUUUUCUUCAAAACAAACACUGAGAUUGUCCACAUCUCCCUAGUGGUUACAUGUAGUAUUGUAACUGCAACUUUUUGUCUGUCUUUGUUUUACACAUUUAACACAUUUUUGAAUGACCUUGUUCUUAAAAGUUACUGCUAAUUGUUGUUUGAAACACGAUAAAAAAUAUAAUUUUUUU